CAUGUUCUGUCUCAGUCAUUAUCGUGUGUCGUUGUGUUCUGCUCUGCCUCAUUUGGAUCUGUACUUUGUUGGAUUAUUCUGUUGAAUUACUGUGUUCAUUUUGGAUCGUUUAUCUUGGUGUCUUUGGACUCAGCCACUCAACUAAUUCCUGUUUUUUCCUCAGAAAGACACAGAUGACAUCACUCUCUCUGCUGUCCAAACGUCAUGCUUCCCCGGGCAGUUAAAGCAUUUUUGGUCCGGAUGCGGAUAUCAUGGCGGUCACUAUUCCAGGGCCGGUACCUGCUGCUCACCAACACCCUGAGUGGAGGAGUCAUGCUGGCAAUGGGAGACUCCCUGCAGCAGAGCUGGGAGAACCACAAGGAUCCAGGCAGAGUCCGAGACUGGAGGAGGACAGGUCAUAUGUUUGUGAUGGGCUGCUCCAUGGGUCCAUUACUGCACUACUGGUACCACUGGCUGGACAAGGUGUUUGUGGGCAGAUCUCUGAACACAGUGGGCAAGAAGGUUCUGUUGGACCAGCUUAUCGAAUCGCCGACAAUAGCAUUGUGGUAUUUUUUAGGUAUGGGUGUCAUGGAGGGACAUACUUUAUCUGAAGGCUGGGAGGAGUUUAAAGACAAGUUCUGGGAAUAUUAUAAGGCGGACUGCUGUGUUUGGCCGGCAGCUCAGAUGAUCAACUUCUUCUUUCUUUCACCCAAAUUCAGGGUCGUGUACAUGAACUUUAUCACCUUAGGGUGGGACACCUACAUGUCCUACCUCAAAUACAGAGAUGACAGCCACCCCACUGAGCUGGUAUCAGUGCAGAAGAAAGCACUCCCACCCUCCAAACCUCUGGAGGAGAAAGCUUAGAGAUGUUGUUAAUGCUCAACUGUGAAGUCAUUCAUCGGAGGCAAUAGAUUAUUUUGCUGUUUUUACCUGUUCAAAAUGCAAAAUGUUGUGAGACUGUUAUAACAGUUUGUGUCAUUGUGGUACCAUAUGUUUAUCAUUUUUUGUGUCAGUAUUUGAUUUAUUAAUUGCUGUUUUUUGACGUAAAGAAAAUUUCAACACAUGUACAUGGAAACUUUAAUAAAAGGUAACACCACUAC